AUGGAUGUCAUAGACAAUUAUGGUAAAGCAUCCGGCCAGGAGGUAAAUUUAGAUAAAUCAUCGAUCAUGUUUGGUAAAAAGGUGCCUGCAGAGGUCAAAGACAAGGUUAAAUCUAUCAUUGGAAUUUCCAAUGAAGGGGGAAUGGGCUCCUAUUUGGGAAUCCCAGAGAGCCUAAGUGGUUUAAGAGUUCAAGUCUUCGGUUACGUCCGGGAUAGGUUGAACGACCGGGUUAAUGGUUGGACGGCAAAAUUUUUAUCUAAGGGAGGAAAGAAUUCUGAUGGGAACGAUCGGGGGCUCCACUGGGUGGCUUGGGAUAAAGUGUGUAAAGAUAAAGCUGAGGGAGGAUUGGGAUUUCGGGAUUUGGAGAUUUUUAAUGAUGCUUUAUUGGCCAAACAGUAUUGGCGUUUAAUUCAAUUUCCGAAUUCUUUGUUUGCUCAAGUUUUUAGGAGUCGAUAUUUCAGGAACAAGCAUCCGUUAAUGGCAAAAAAACUAUAUUCUCCCUCCUUUGGAUGGAGAAGCUUUUUCUUAACUAAAAGUUUAGUGGAAAAAGGAGCCCGAUGGACGAUUGGCUCAGGGUUCAAUGUUUUGGUGUGGCGUGAUCCGUGGAUCCCUGACCAACACCCUCGACCUGCACAGGGUAGGGGACAGCAUCUGCACCCAAAUUUAAUGGUAAACCAUUUGAUUAAUCCUCGGACUAAAGAAUGGCAUUUACCUAUACUUCAGGAAUAUAUGGAUCCGGAGGAUAUUCAAACUAUUCUUAGUUUGCCAACUAGCAAAUCUUUUAGGCCAGAUAGAUUGGUAUGGCAUUACACACAAUCGGGUCGGUAUUCGGUUAAGUCAGGUAAUAAGGUAGCUCAAGAUAUGAAGGCUGAAAUUGAGGUUGGUCCCAAUGUUAAUGCCCUGAAGGCUAAGGCAUGGGACCUCCUGGUACCACCUAAAAUCAAACACUUUUUUCUGGCAGAUCACCUCGGGUUCCCUUCCGGUGACAGUGCGAUUAGCCUCCCGGGAGUUAAUUGUGACACGAUAUGCAAGAGAUGUGAAUUGGAGGAAGAGUCUAUUAAUCAUACCUUAUUUGAGUGUCCUCAUUCACGUCAGGUUUGGGAGAGGAUUUUUGAUGGACCUGACAUGGAUAAAUUUCCAGUUGGUUCAAUCUAUUCGAAUUUAGAUUUUAUAUAUGGCAAAGGCUUAGCUCAUAUGGCUUUGGGCACUACUCAUAGCUCGAUCCCAUGGUUGGUCUGGUUUUUAUGGAAGGAUAGGAAUAACAAAGUUUUUCAAGGACUACAAUCAUAG